GAAACUAUGUAUUGAACCCAUGUAUUGACAUAAGUCUCAACCAUGGAACAGUUCAGGCGAUGAAAUUCGAGUUGCACAUUUUCGAUACCUCCCAAAAAUACGAAGAGCUUCUGGUGCGCAUCAACCACGAUGUCAGACACACUGUCAGAGAAGCACAUCGCACCCGCUUCAGCAAAAGGCGACCUUGAGACAGGUGAUGCAUCGUCGAGGGCCCAAGCACCAACCCGAGAUCCUCGCCAAAACUUGCCACUGUGGAAAUGGGUUUGCACACUUGUCGGGCUCUACUGCGGUGCUCUUCUUUACGGCCUGGAUACUACCGUCGCUGCUGCCGUUCAGACGCCUAUCUACGAGCAAUUCGGUGAAGUCGAAAAUCUAGCAUGGGUCGGCAUUGGCUUUCCGAUGGCCUCGGUCGCUGUCAUUCUCCUCCUCGGACGCCUGUAUGAUCUGGUCGAUAUCAAAAUCCUCAUCCUUGUAUCAACCGCUCUGUUUGAGGGUGGUAGCGCGCUGUGUGGAGGAGCGCCUAACAUGUCUGCCAUGAUUGUUGGACGAGUCAUUGCAGGCAUUGGAGGCGCUGGCAUGUAUCUCGGGGCGUUAUCCUACAUCUCAACUUACGCCAAACCGAACGAACUCUUCAUCUACAAUGCCCUCAUUGGACUGUCAUGGGGCGUCGGCUGCAUCCUAGGACCAAUUGUUGGAGGCGGUUUCGCAGUAACCAGCGCAACCUGGCGAUGGGCCUUUUAUAUCAACCUUCCCAUCGCAGCGCUGUUGAGCCCGGUGUACUUCUUCAUCUUCCCCUCGCACAAUCCCGUCCCAAGCCUUUCGACUUGGAAGAAAUUACGCUCUGUUGAUUGGGUGGGAGCACUCCUGAUUGCAGCAGCAUUUACGCUCUUCAUCGUCGCCCUCACGUUCUCCGGGGCGGCUUUCUCUUGGCAAUCAACCACUGCAAUCAAUUUGUGGGUCUUUUGGGGCGUUUCUCUGGCCGCGCUCGUUGCUCAGCAAGCCUUCUCCCUCUUCACCACUCCGGAGCAUCGCAUCUUUCCUGUCCAUUUCCUGGGACACCGAGACCACGUUCUCCUCUACAUCGUCACUUCGUCCGCAGCUGUCGCAAACGCUGUUACAAUCUACUACAUCCCUCUCUACUUCGCAUUCACGCGCGGGGACGGGGCACUACAGGCUGCAGUCCGAUUGUUGCCAUACAUUGUGGUUUUCAUCACAUUUGUCCUAAUCGCAGGAGGCACCUUACCUCUGCAUGGUCGCUACGCGAUUUACUACGCAGUCGGAAGCGUCUUCAUUCUGGCCGGUUCAGCCGGACUCUUCACGAUCCGCGCAGACACCAGUCAGGCGAUCAUAUACGCCUACGAAGCAUUAGUCGCGAUCGGCACUGGGCUGACGUUCCAGAAUGCCUAUGCUGUGCUCUCAGCAAAGGUCGCGGUCCAUGAUCGAGGCAAUGCCAUCGGUUUCAUCAACACCGCGCAGAUCGGUACCACCGCCCUUGCCCUAGCGAUUGCAAGCUGCCUUUUCCAGAACCUCGGAUUUAUGUUCUUGCAGGACAAACUUGCGGCUUUGAACCCACCCGCUUCCCUGCUACAUGCGGCUCUGGGUGGUGCGGCUUCGACGCAGCUGCAGUCCGUGCCCCCAGCAAUCGUCAAUCUUGCCCUUGAGACUAUUGCGUAUACGAUUGCUCGGGUCUUUGGCACUUGCAUUGCUGCUGGAGCUUUGCUCGUAGUCGGCUCGACAUUGUUGAAGUACGAGAAGCUCGAUUUGGCAGAUCAAGCUCCAGUCUUUGGCUGAGAUGGAUGUAUGAAGACAAGACUGCGAGGGACUUUUCAUGUGAAGGACGGAACAAGAUAGAAGAUACUCUUACGACAAAUAUGAUGAUUG